UUGAUACUCAAAAGUCUAACAUAUUCGUUUCUAACUCGAGUCAGACAGUGCCAAGUCAGCGCAGGAGACAAUCACUCCCACCCAUCUAGUCAAAAUGAAAGUGUUCUUCGCAGUAGUUCUUUUGGUGGCCGCCGUGUCAUGUGCCCCUCAGGAUCCGAACGCAACGCCGGUUCCGAUUGUGUCGCAGACCUCGAACCUGAACCCGGAUGGCAGUUUCCAGUAUUCCUACGAAUCGGGCAACGGCAUCAAGGUGGAAGACCAGGGUGAGCUGAAGGUCGUUGAAGUGCCCAAGGAGGACGGUACGGGAACCCAGCAGGCUCAGGUUUCGGUCCAGAAGGGAAGCUACUCGUACAACGCUCCCGAUGGAACGCCAAUUACGCUGCAGUGGACGGCCGAUGAGAAUGGAUUCCACGCCACUGGUGAUCAUUUGCCAGUUGCCCCGGUUGCUAACCCUUAGGAGGUAGUUCGAGGUUGAUUGCGAAGGGUGUGAUGAUUGGAAAUGAUAUUGUUAUGUUAAGUUUUGAAUGCAAAUAAAACUGGAUGUUUCCUAAUAUGAUUGA